AAUUUUAAGCAAAAUGGCAUCAAAAUUGGAGGAUUUUGACGUCCUCACCCGUCUUGGAGAAGGAGCCUAUUCUAGUGUAUACAAGGUCAAGAGGAUUUCUGAUGGAAAAAUUUAUGCCUUGAAGAAGGUACGCAUGAUGAACCUCUCUACAAAAGAAAAGGAGAAUGCUCUGAAUGAAGUCAGAAUUCUGGCAUCUAUUAAGAAUAUAAAUAUAGUAUCGUACAAAGAAGCUUUUAUUGAUGAGGAAUCUCAAGCCUUGUGAAUUAUAAUGGAGUAUGCUGAUGACGGUGAUUUGUUUCAGAAAAUCAUGAACCAUCAACAAAAUGACAGUUGGUUUAAGGAGAAUUAUAUUUGGAAAAUCUUUAUAAUGGUUGUCAGAGGACUGAAGGCACUCCAUGAUCUUGAUAUAAUGCAUCGAGACUUGAAGAGUGCAAAUGUGUUUCUGAAUAAAGAUGAUACUGGCAAAUUAGGUGACAUGAAUGUAAGUAAAGUUGCUGAGAAAGGCCUCAGUUAUACCCAAACAGGAACUCCCUAUUACGCAAGCCCAGAAGUUUGGAGGGACGAAGCAUAUGACAUCAAGAGCGACAUCUGGUCGCUUGGCUGAGUGCUUUACGAGAUGAUAACUCUCAAGCCUCCAUUCAGGGCUGAGAACAUGCAAGGGCUUUAUAAGAAAGUACUCCGAGGGCAUUAUCCAAAAAUUUCGAAACAAUACUCCUCUGAAAUCCAAGGUAUAGUUAAAAUGCUUUUGCAGGUUUCCUCGAAGAAGAGGCCUAAUUGAAACGAUAUCCUCUGCCAUCCAGUCGUGAAGAAAAAGAUUAAGGAAAUUUUCCCAGAUGAAAAUGAAGAUGAAGAAACUGAGACUGAAACUUUAAAGAACAGUUUAUUAAAGACCAUUUAUUUUCCUAAAAAUGGGCAGAAUAUUCUCUACCUGACUGAUAAGUUACCCAAACCUUCCUAUGAGAAUGAUUUGGAGAAGAUGGUAGAAACCCAUAAGUUGUCAUUAAGAACCAGGGCAACAUCUGAAUCGCCAAAUGAUAUAGGUGGGAAGGAAAGUUCAACCAACCAUGAGAGCUAUAAGUACAAGAAAUCAAAGGCGAAAGAUCUCCUGAGUAAGAAAUCCAAUAUCUCUGAUACUGCUGAAGAGAGUAAGAUGCCUCCUGUUAGGAUCAAGAAGAUCCUACAAUCUGAAAAGAAGAAGAGCGGGAAGAUAGACCAACUCCCUAGCGUAAUCAAGCCUUCUUACAAUAAGACUCCUCCCAAAUUGACCAGUAUUGAGAGAAUCGCGAACAGACUUGAAAUGGAGACAAAGAAAUAAACCAGUCAUGAACAUCGAUAAGGAGUAUAACAAUCUUCAGAAAAUACUUAAUAAGAAGAACAACGAGUACGAGAAGGAAUCCGCUAAGAUCUCGAAACGAAUCGCGAUUGAGAGAAAUAAGAUUAAGCAUGGCUCAGUGCAGAAGCAACCAAAUUAUCCAAGACAAAGGCCUCUCUACAGUAAUAAGAGUCAACCAAAGUAUCAGAGACCCCCUCAUAACUCACAGAACAGGUACGAAGAUGAGAGUAAUAAGAUCAUCCUCAGCCUUGGAGUUGUUGGAGAACAAGUAGGCUCUACCUCUGCUAGAAGAGGGGUCAAAGGAAAUUCUCUUGAUAUGAAGUUGCCUAAAAUAGGAGAUGGUAUAUACAAAGAGAAGGACAAGAUUAUAAAAGGGCACCAGAACAGUAUAAACUCCAUUAAAUUGCCAACUCUACAGAAAUAUAAACAUGGUAAAUAUUAUGCGAAUAGUGAUAAGAUUUAUCCUAAUAAAUACUCAAAGAGUAGCACCAAGAAGUCAGUGAAGAGCUAUAGGUAUAAAUAUACCUCUAAACAGCCAAAGGAACUGUAUAAGAGCAAGAAGACUAUUGAUAGGCUCAAGAUGUAUAAGAACUAGUCUCACCUUUGGGAUUUAGCCAAGAACCCAAUUAUUGCCAAUA